UCGAUAUGAGGUUGUUGAGUUUGAAAGAUCUGGAGGGCCACGACCCAACCGGGUGGGCCUUCGAUGAUUUGCUAGUUGUUAGUGGUCUUGCCGCUGAGAUAUAUGAGGCUGAAAAAUAUACGAAACAAUGGAAACCGCCGGUGGCAAACCCCAAGAGAUCGGCGAAGAGGCCCAAGAUGGAUGUGCCCGCCGUUCCAAACCCACCGCCGGACUUGCCCGAGGAAUUCCAGCAACGCAUCAAGGCGGUAGGCGGAACCGAGGUGGUUAUGGUAAUACAAAAACGCCUCACCGACACUGACCUACAAGAAGGCCAUAAUCGGUUGUCCAUGCCGUUUGGGAAGAUCGAUAGGGGUUUCUUGAGAGAGGAAGAGAAAUAUUUGCUUGCCAGACAACAGAUAAUGGAAGUGCCAUUCAUGGAGCCCUCGCGUGAGGUGAGUCAGAUGAUAUUGAGGCAGUGGGACAUGAGCAAAGAGUCGGGGAGGACAAGCUUCAUGUACGUGUUAAGGACAAACUGGAAGGCUGUCGCCAAAAAGAAUGUACUCAAGGCAAACGAUGUGGUCCAAGUUUGGUCUUUCCGAGUCGGUGGUGAACAACAACUUCUUGGCCUGGCUCUGGUCGUGGUUGGUAGAGCACCGAAUCUUGAUCGCAAUGGUAGGAAUAACGAGGGAGCAAGUAGCAGCCAAGCAGUGGAAGACUUGAAGGGUAAGAAAAUCUCAAGUGGUGGUUCCAUGGAUUUUUCAUUAGCUGUUACUGAAGUUGACGCUGUGAAAUAUGAAGAAGAAAAAUCAAAGGAAUCAGAAUCUUCUUCGAAGCAAGAAAGAUUGAUCAAGGAAAAGGCUCUAAAGAAACCCUUGGCCGAGCCUGUGGGCAGCCCCAAUCUGAAACAAGGGUUUGAUGGAGAAAAGCUCAUGGCUUCUGCUGUACAAGCUCAAAGAAGGCAGAAUCGUUUGAAGAGAAGUCAAAACAAGCCAACGUAGACCGUGUUAAUUUCCAAGCAAAUAUUAAGGCAGUAGA